GUAUAUAUAUAUAUACAUUUCUCUGUUCAUCAGAAUGCAGUUAACGGACUAGAAGUGGCCAUGGGAAGGUCUCCUCGCUGUGAUAAUACUGGCAUCAAGAAAGGACCUUGGACUCCCGAGGAGGAUAUUCUUCUCUUCUCCUACAUUCAGCAACAUGGUCCAGGAAAAUGGAGAUCUGUGCCCAUUAAUGCAGGGUUGAAGAGAUGUAGUAAGAGCUGCAGAUUAAGGUGGACUAACUACCUGAGGCCGGGAAUCAAACGCGGGAGCUUCACCCCACAGGAAGAAGGAAUCAUUGUCCAGCUUCAAGCUUUGAUUGGAAACAGGUGGGCUGCAAUUGCCUCCUACCUUCCGCGGAGAACAGACAACGAUAUAAAGAACUAUUGGAACACCCACCUCAAAAAGAAACUCAACAAUGGCGGCGCCACUAUCACUUUGGGCCACCUGAACUCACCAAACGACCAUCCUUCCUACUUUCACAGUCCCCUAAUCAGCAUCGAAACACCCACAUCAAACCCAAAGAACUCCUCUUCUUCCUACGCUGCCAGCGAAGACAACAUCUCAAGACUCCUCCAUGGGUGGCUUCAGUCCUCAUCACAACCAGAAGUUGAUCAUGGCAGCAGAGUCUUUAACGACAACAUCAAAAAUGACAGCUUGAUCAAUUAUAUCGGUGUUGAAUCUGUGGGUUCGCCGGAGAGCCUUGCUUGGCCUGAAGAGAGGGCGGCGGUGGGUGGACGGAGUUCUUCUCUGAACUACUUGGAGAAGUGGCUCUUAGAUGAUCCAGCUGAUGGUUAUGUAGAGCCUCCACUGACCUUCUGCAGAUUUAAUUAA